AUGAGAACAGCUAUGAAGGAAAUAGAUAACGAUUCACCGAAAGCUCAUCCCCUAAAUAAUCGCGCGAAAUGCAUUUCCAUAUCUGCGAAUCACUACACCCAUGAAAAUGGCUUUGCGCCUUCACGUGAGAAGAUUCGAAAAAUUGUUGAUGAAUACCCGGGAGACGGGACUGAUGAUUCGGUCGUUUCAGUCAAUGAAAUCUACCAAUUUGGUAUUGAGGACAAAGAGAACAACGAAGUCUAUCUUCUAGACUUUGUAGAUAGCUUGAAAGUUUCCUAUUCCGUAAAGGUGUCUGAUGUGACCCAGGAUAGCCUAGAGAAACUUCCCCCUCUCUUACACGAUCGACUAUUUGCCGAUUACCUCUCUUGUACAGCGUCUGAUAUCCUCUGUAAAAUCUCGACAACUCUUGAUGCGUGGAUGGAUGAGGUUGAAGAAGCCAAGUUCAUUUCGCGUCACCUUGCAGCUUUCGAUGAGUUAAUUGUCCUUCGGAAGCAAGUUUUUACUCUCCUAAAACUCUUCGUUCCUAAUCCUGAUGUUAAGGAGGGUUUUGAUUGUACAACUGCUGAUUUGGAUCGUUACCUCCUGCGGAUUAUUCAGGAUCUUACUACUAAUAAUAGAAGUCUUGGAGGCGAAGCGUCCACAGGAUCCCCUGUUGUUUCGGUUUGCACCGAACCGGAGCAUUGUGUCCAUAUAUUGCGGCAAAGGGUUCUUACGCUGCUGCAGACCCUCCUGCCUAACCUCCUCCUACCCGAAUCUUUCGAUCUGAAACGUGAUUUGCAGGAUUUGAUCAAUGCAAUAUACUCGUACAACAUGCCCAAAUUUUAA